AUGUCACAGGUCCAGCUGAGCACCUCUUUUGGCCACUCACCAGACUGCUAUGUGGGGAUGCCACCAUCGAAUCCUGCAGGUGUUUUAAGCCCCUACAGUCUGAACAAAGUCCAGGUGAUAAUUGAAAGAUACAAGGGUGAGAAGCAGCUUCCAGUUCUGGAUAAAACUAAGUUCCUGGUACCAGAUCAUGUCAACAUGAGCGAACUAAUCAAAAUUAUCAGACGCCGCCUGCAGCUGAAUUCCACUCAGGCUUUCUUCUUACUGGUGAAUGGACACAGCAUGGUGAGCGUGUCAACCCCCAUAUCAGAGGUGUAUGAAAGCGAAAAGGAUGAAGAUGGAUUCCUGUACAUGGUAUAUGCCUCUCAGGAAACUUUUGGAGUCCAAUCUUCUGUGUAAACCAUUCAAGUGGCUUCUAGCCUAGGAUUUUGGUUUUACCUUCUACCCCCUAUCCCCACCCCAGGAAAAAGAAAGGGAUGUCACCUCUCAGUACCUUAGCAUAGUCUUGCUUUAGCAGGUGUCCUCCUCUUACCUUGCCUUGUUUGUGAAUAUUAAACAGCUGAGUGCCAGUACAGACCAGCAUAGAUCUAGCUUUGAAAACCCGCUGUCAUAUUUCACAUAGGCACACUUGAUUUAAG